AUGGACAUCACCUUUGGCAUUGUGAUUCUGAUACAGGUUGGCACUGGGAUUUCAGCAAAUGGAUUCCUCUUCCUGUUUUAUAUCCACAAGAUCUGUGGCAGCUACCAGUUAAGCUCCUCUGACUUCAUCCUUGCUCACCUGACCUUGGCCAACACCAUCGUCCUUCUCACUGGGGGAGUCUUAAAUGCACUGGAAAUUUGGAGCCUUGAAAAUUUCCUAGAUGAUGUCGAAUGCAAAAUGGUCAUGUACUUCUAUCGAGUGGCCCGUGGCCUGUCCAUCUUCAGCACCUGCUUCCUGAGCAUCUACCAGGCCAUCACCAUCAGCCCCGGGACCCCCAGGUGGACGGGACUUAAGUUGAGGUUAUCCAAGUUCAUCUUCUCCUCCUAUCUCCUCUUCUGGAUCUUCACUCUUCUCUUAGAUUUUGGUGCACUGAGGUUUGUGGCAGGUUCCCGGAAUGGUUCCAGGGUUCGAAUCACGCUGGAUUUUAAAUAUUGCACAGAAGUACCUGUCAGUACAGCAACCACUCUUAGAAAUGCAAUUGUUACCUCUCUGAGAGAUCUCUCCUUCGUGGUUGUCAUGAGCAUGGCCAGUGGCUACAUGGUGAUUGUCCUGCACAGACACCACCGGCGGGUCCGACACCUCCAUGCACCUGGACUUCCCCCUGGAGCGAUGCCCGAGGUCAGGGCAGCCAAGAGGGUCAUCGUCCUGGUAGUGUUCUACGUCCUGCUGUAUGGACGACAGACGAUCAUGUUCAGUGUUUUGUUAAACAGGAAAGAGAAUUCUCCAUGGUUGGUGAAUAGCCAUGUGGCUUUUUCAGUCACCUUCUCAACUAUGAGUCCGUUCCUGAUGAUUUCCAGCGACCGGAGAAUAAGGGCAUUGUGGAAAAGGGACUCUCCUUUUUUAAACAAGGAUCCCUAG